CUGUUGCCCAUCUCGUUUGCAGCAUGUGGCCAGAGACGUCUCUAACGCGCGAUGCAGCUGGUCCCGGAGAAAGGACCUAGCUGUCCAUGCCGAUUCGGUAUCCUCACCCUGCACCUCCAGGCACUGGACAGUUCUGUGUUAUAGCCCACUGCGUCCACUAAGGUUGAGCUUUGAGGCCGAGACAGUACCUAACAACCGAGUGCUAUAUGGUACCCCAGGCGCACAGCAGUGGUCAAAAGACGGCCUUUGGACAACUGACCUGCAUACCUCUCUGACGUCCCUCGACGACAUAACCUUGGAAUUCCAGCCCUGUGCUGACAUCUCUCAGCCUUGUUGCCAGCUCUUCGCCCUUCGCCACCCCUUGGACAAUCUGAACUCAGACUCCACCGUCACUUCCCGCGUAACUGACACUUCCCGACCUAUCCUCGAGUGGUGGAAUUGUAGUGGAGACGGACGCUAGAACGCAGUUAUGCUUUCCACGAAUCUCCAUCAAUACCCCUCGGCGUUCAGCCACCUCCCCGCGCCGAACAUGGUCGAACAUCAACAUCAUCAUCUCGCCGCCCAGCACAUGGGGCAAUCACCACUCGACAACCUCGCGCAUACAUCACAAUACGCAGCCCUGCAAUUUCAUCAGAACCGGCAUGUGCUGCCAAACGGAAAAGGACUUGUCAAGCCUCAUCGGUUACCGUACACCAGUGGUCCUAUAGCGCCUCGACACCAGCGAGACAUGCUCCAUGAGCGGUCGGGACGGGGUAACUCAACGUCUGGACCAGUGCGACGCAGGAUCAGCCGAGCUUGUGAUCAGUGUAACCAGUUGCGAACGAAGUGCGAUGGUAGACAAUCUUGUGCGCAUUGCAUAGAAUUCGGAUUGACGUGCGAAUACAUACGUGAGCGCAAGAAACGCGGAAAGGCAUCGCGGAAGGAUCUUGCCCAACAGCAGGCUUCGACCGCCACGGGGGGCACUGUUGCGCCAAAGUCCGAGGAUUCUAGCACCCCGCAAUCGUCGGAGAAAGCUACCGAGUCUAUUCACGGCAAUAGUCCCAAGCUUCCUGAAGGUCAACGCUCUCUGCCUGAGCUACCUGGUCGAUCGGCCAGUAUUGCGACAACACGACCCGAGAUGGAUACUGCGUCAAUGUAUCAGAACAGGACGAUGAGCAUGGGCGCAAUCGACACUAUGCCAGAAUCCGAAAUGCACCAUCAAAUGACCGAGAGCAUGCAAUCUAUGCAUCCUAUGCAGCCGCCCCGAUUACAGACUCAAGGGCUGUCUAUGCACAACCCAAUGCCCGAGUACACGUCGAUGGAGGAGUAUCACCGAAACCUUACCUAUCAAUCACCGCUUCAAAUGAUGCAGCCUGGAAUGCAGCCCGUUGUACCUUCGCACGGCCAUGGGAUGGAGUACUCUGACAGCCCCUACAGUAUGAUGAGCCCGCAAAGCGCACAUACACAAGCACCGACGAAUAGCUUCAGGAUGCCCGAAGAGGCAUCCAACAUGGGUUACAUGCCUCAAUCACCAGUUGAUGGAUCGCCUGGUUGGAUGCUGCCUUCACCUUCUACAACGAUGUACUCUGGCGCACAACAUCAGAAUCCCUCUCAGCAGUUGAGAUACCCUGUUUUGCAGCCGUUAGUACCACAUCUCGCAAAUGUCAUGCCGAUUCCACUAGCUUGCGACUUACUAGAACUCUAUUUCCAGAGUUCAUCAACUGCGUUCAUGCAACCAGUCUCACCUUACGUACUAGGCUACGUCUUCCGAAAGCGCUCUUUCCUCCGUACCAACAACCCUCGCGUGUGCAGUCCAGCACUGCUAGCAAGCAUGCUCUGGAUCGGCUGCCUGACAAGCGAAUCCCCAUAUCUAUCCUCAUCGCCAUCUGCGCGCAGCCAAUUAUCGGAGAAACUUAUCAAUCUGACUAUCAGCCUCUUGAAGCCGCUUGUGCAUCAAACUCCAGGUGGCCCCGAUGCAUGCCCUACGGCGUUCAACGGUAACGGCCCGAUCAAUGGCGUCACCAUGGGUAGUUUUGGUAUGCCCGCACAAGAUUCCGACAUUGGUUUGUCGGGAGCGCCAGGAGGCCUUGACGACGUAGCAACCUAUAUGCACUUGGCCAUAGUGAUCUCGGCAAGCGAGUACAAGGCUGCAUCACUCCGCUGGUGGAACGCCGCUUGGUCACUGGCUAGGGAACUUAAACUUGGCAAGGAAGUGCCUGUGACACCGCCUCCCGAGCCGAACGAUGAUGAUGCACCAGGACACCUAGAUGCGGAACACAUGGGCGCAGGAUACCCAACCAGUCAACACACGUCCAUGGACUUUACAGAAGAGCAAAGAGAAGAGCGCAGACGUAUAUGGUGGCUGCUGUUCACUGUUGAUCGCCACCUAGCGUUAUGCUACAACCGACCCUUGUCUUUAUUAGAUGUCGAAUGUUCGGGCCUUCUGCAGCCACUUGACGAUAACGUAUGGCAAUCUGGCGAAUUCUUCGAGGACUCCGCUCAAUCGUUUUCAGAUUCCACACUUCGCCGACGAUCUCGAGGGCCUGCCUUUGAGUGCACCGGACACUCCAUUUUCGGAUUUUUCCUACCUUUGAUGACUAUCCUUGGGGAAAUUACCGAUCUAUAUCAUGCUCGCAACCACCCCCGUUUUGGCACAAAGACCGACUGGGAUCACCACGCGCUAGAGAUCAGUCAACAGCUGGUAGUAUAUGGGCGUUCACUCCAAGAGUUGCGGAAUCGCGCAGUGAACGAGGCCAACGCUGAACGCGAACCAUCACAUCCUGACACACCAUCCGGCCGGUCUGUCAACUCUACGAUGUCCAGGGCGCAAGAGUCUUUGAUGCAUGCUAAGAUUGUGGAAGCAUAUGGCACGCACCUCAUGCAUACGCUUCACAUCUUGCUCAAUGGUAAAUGGGAUCCUAUCUCGCUACUUGAUGACAACGACCUCUGGAUAUCUUCGCAAAGUUUCGUCGAUGCGACUGGUCAUGCAGUAUCAGCCGCCGAAGCAUUGAAUGAAAUUCUGGAAUACGACCCGGACCUAAGCUUCAUGCCGUUUUUCUUCGGCAUCUACCUCUUGCAAGGGAGUUUCCUGCUACUGCUCAUAGCCGACAAGCUGCAAGGAGAUGCAAGUCCGAACAUCGUGCGAGCAUGCGAAGUCAUAGUGCGCGCGCAUGAAGCAUGCAUCGUCACCCUCAAUACCGAAUAUCAGCGAAAUUUCCGCAAAGUCAUGCGUUCUGCUUUGCAGCAAGUGCGCGGCCGCGGCAUGGACGAACACGCCCAACUUGCGCAACAGCGUCGGCGCGAAAUGUUGAGUCUCUACCGUUGGAGCGGCGACGGCACAGGGCUCGCACUCUGAGCCGCGUUUGAGCCUCGCUUCGCCGACCCUUGUCAUUCCGGAACCAUAACACCGCCUUUCGCAACAGUACAGCAAUACACGCCCUGUUACCUCCCCAAGGGGAGGCCAGGAUUCCUUUCACUCGGCUGCGACUAGUUGCACACUUGGAAUUA